GCCAAGAUGUCUUGCUACGACCUGUGCCCACCAAAAACCAGCGUCGCCGUCCCCCAGCCCAUCGCCGAGAGCUGCAACGAGCUGUGCGCCCGCCAGUGCCCCGACUCGACGGCCUUCAUCCAGCCGCCCCCCGUCGUCGUCACCUUCCCCGGCCCCAUCCUCAGCUCCUUCCCCCAGCAAGCCGUGGUGGGCUCCUCCGGAGCCCCCGCCUUUGGGGGCUCCCUGGGGCUGGGGGGCCUCUACGGCGCCGGGGCCACGCUGGGCUCGGGCGGCCUCUGCACCUUUGGCAGACCCUACGCUUCUCCCGCCUGCAGCCCUUGCGUCUUGCCCCGCUACAGCAAGAAGCUCUGGGACACCUGUGGGCCCUGCUAG